AUGUGUCGAGAUGGCCGCUUCACGAUUCCCACAGCUUUAUUGAUCUCCUCAGCGAUCAUUUGCUUCUUCUCAUCAAUUCUAUUGACCUAUGCCGUCUUUUCAGCCUCUUUUCGAACAUUCGAUGAUGAACGCUUUCGACACUCGUUUGGAUUGAUUCGCUACUGUAAAGUACCCAUUCAUUCGUCUCAAAUUCCUGUGCAGUGUUUCUCGCGAGAAAUCCGUCAAAAAGGGAUCGAACCGCCGAGCAAUCAUCUACUUAUAGCUCAAAGUGAGCUGAUCGUUUUGAUCGUCUUGGUUCUGGCAAUGCAUUUUGGUCUCCUCUCAUCCGUCGCCUCACUCUUAGCCCUUUGCUCGAAAAUGUGCGCAAAAUUAAGUCGUAUUCUACUGAUGCUCUCUGGCUCUUUCACUUUCCUCGGCGCCAUUUUAUUCUCCCAUUUCUCGCACUCAUCACCACUAAACUCGGCCUCAUUUCUAAACGAUCAAGUUCAGUACAAAUUUGGAAUGGCUUUUGGCUGGUGUCUUGUUGCUGGAUCGGGCUUCUCCCUUGCACUCAUUCUAUCCAUUGUAUCGACGUUGAUUGAUGAUGAGGUGGAUCUCCUUGAAACGACUCCCCUCCGACGCGCAUCCACCAUCAAGACUCUUAAAGUCACUGAAAAUCCAGCUUUUAUUAACUCUUUUGCUUUCUUU